UCUCCCCCUAAUAAUAGAAAAUAAAUUCAGCGCCAGACUGUCUGUACAGUAGCUCUGCUUCCCAAGCUCCCAUGCCCCUCUCGUCGUUCUCUCUCUCUCCCUCUCCCGUCUGCAAUGCUGCGUGCUGAAUCACUGCUGCAGCUUUUCUUCUGAGCAUUCAAUACUCCUGCAAGUCCAAGAGGGAUCAACCACAUUCAAUACGAGUCCUCGGCAGUAACGCAGAAAGGAGACAAGACUACAAGAGAAGGGGCCGAAGAAGCCAUGGCACCCUCUUGAUUCAUUCGCAUUCGUGCUUCUCGGCGCCUCCGACGAGCGCCGCCAUUUCCUCGCCUCCUUGGAGCUGAUUUCUGAAGAUUGGUUCAGGUUUCGUCCUCGGCGAUGAGGAGGCAUGGAUGGCAGCUGCCUUACCACCCUCUCCAGGUGGUGGCGAUAGCCGUCUUCCUGGCUCUGGGCUUCGCUUUCUACGUCUUCUUCGUGCCGUUCGUGGGGGGAGAUGAGCUGCAGUAUGUUGUCGUGGGCCUCUACACCCCGCUGAUCACCUGUGUUGUGGUGUUAUAUGCAUGGUGUGCUGCAACAGAUCCUGGUGAUCCAGGCAUUUUUAAAUUGAAAAGGCACCCAAAAAUUCAAGAAAAUUCAGAUUAUGAAUGCCCAGAAGGAAAGUCAUUGAGUGAUGGUUGCAGUGCUGUUAAUAACAGUGAGAACUUAAGCAAUAUUUUUGAAGGAAAAGAUGCACCUUCUCACCCUGGAUUUUCUGGAGUUCUUUGCUUGAUAUGUGCCCCGUUUUCUUUCUUAUGCAAAAGAUUCUUCCACUCACAUGAUCAAUCUUCGGAACAGCAACCAAGUGAAGAAGGCAUGUUUUUCUGCAGCUUAUGUGAAGUAGAGGUUUUGCAGCACAGUAAGCAUUGUAGAGUUUGUGACAAGUGUGUUGAUGGUUUUGAUCACCACUGUAGGUGGCUCAACAAUUGCAUAGGGAAAAGAAACUACAAAAGAUUCUUCAUUCUGAUGGCUUCAGCAGUUCUCUUGCUUAUAAUGCAGUGGUUGGUCGGCGCGCUUGUGUUGAUUCUUUGCUUUAUGAAACGAGGGGAGCUCUCUGGUCAGAUUGUCUCAAAGCUUGGAAGCAGCUUCUCAACUGCAGCUUUUGUAGUUGUUGUGGUGACCUGUACCUUGCUAGCAAUGAUUGCAACAAUACCGCUCUCCCAACUUUUGUGUUUCCACAUUCUUCUUAUAAUAAAAGGAAUCAGCACAUACGAUUACAUUGUAGCUUUGCGGGAGCAGGAAGAACAGCAAGAACAUGUUGAGCAUCAGAGCCCGCAAAUGUCCAUCAUUAGCUCUGUCACGGGAUUUAGUACUACUAGCUCUGUUGGUCCGCUUCAGCGUGGGUCAUGGUGUACUCCACCAAGACUACUCCUUGAAGAUCAGUAUGUCUCUCAUCCGGACAUGCCACAGAAUUCUGUGGGCAAGAAGGCGAAGGAAGAUGAAGCAACCAAAAGAAAAUCUCCUGUAAAAAUCAGUCCCUGGACACUGGCUCGCCUUAACGCUGAGGAAGUCUCAAAGGCUGCUGCAGAGGCCAAAAAGAAAUCCAAAGUUCUUCAGCCAAUCACAAGACGUGCGGAGGUUGCUAAGCAUGACAAGAGGAGACCUGACAAAAGUAGGGUGUUCCUACCUGAACAAUCUCCUGAUAGCCGUGCAAGGACAUCUGCGAGUGGAACUGAUAGCAACUAUAGCGAUGUGGCCAUGGUAACACCUGGUAGUUUGGCCCCAUUGCAGCAUGAAGCAAGGAGUGCCUUCCAACCAAGCAUUGCAUCAUCCAUCAGGAACCUCAACCUUACUUCAUCACCAGAAAGUAGCUUGGACUCACCUGAUCUUCAUCCCUUCCGUGUCUCAAUGUCAGGGGCAGACGAACUGCGCAGCUUUAUGUCACUUGCAGCUUCAGAAUCCACUGCUCAGAAGAGCAUCGCGCUUUCAAGGUCGACAAGCGGCGGGUAUGAAGCCUCUGGAGGUGAGGAUAGCGACCGCAUACCCUCGAGGAUUGUGCACCGAUCAUCGAAUUGGACAAAUGUCAUUCUUAACUCUGGUCGGCGGGAAAUGGCAUUGGAUCUGAGGAUGCCUACAUCUGGAGGGUUCGCUGCUAACACUAGGCUGAACUAGCUGAAGAUACCAUGAGGCUUUGCCCAACUUUGAGGUACCCAAAAUACUGUAGCAACACUGUAGCGUUUCGCAACACUGUAGCGUUUCGUUUGUAUUUGUGAAUUAUUGUUCAAAUAUUUUAAUUAAGCUCAAAAGAUUCGUCUCGCAAAGUACAA